AUGGGAGCUGGAUAUCAGGUUGCUGCAGCAAUAUAUGAGCUAAAUGCUGGACUUUGGGCAAUAUUGGAUGGCCUGGAACUAGCUUGGGAGAAAAAAUUAACAAAGUUGCUGGUCGAAAGGGACAGCGUAAGUGUUGUGAAGAUGGUUCGAGAACAAAGCAGAGAAGAUGAUACAAACCUGGUAAGCAGAAUCAAGGAUCUACUGAUGAGACAAUGGGAAGUUACGGUGCAGUACACACCAAAGCUGGUUAACAUGGCUGUUGACUGUAUGGCAAACGUGAGAGCAGAUGAAGCUUUGAAUCUGGUUAUAUAUUUUCAAUACACCGCCUGUAGCAGUGAAGACAAUUAUACUCCGAUAUUUAAUGGAUGCUUCGAUUAA